UCUAGUCGAGACUCGGUUGUCGUUUUAGUUUGUGGGGGUGUCUUUGGCUUUGGCACUAAGAGAGUGAGAAAAUGAUGGAAAAGAGCAAAAUUUUGGUGAUUGGGGCGACGGGAAAUCUGGGUUAUCAUUUAGCGGAAGCAAGCCUCAAGUUUUGUCACCCAACAUUUGCUCUUUUUAGAGAGACUGCUUUUUCUGACCCAAUCAAAGCCCACAAGCUUCACUCCCUUUCUCAUGCUGGAGCUACCCUUCUCAAAGGUUCGCUCCAAGACGAAGCCAGCAUUGUUGAGGCUGUAAAGUUAGUAGAUGUGGUAAUUUGUGCUGUUUCAGCUAAACAGACUCUUGAUCAAAAGCUUCUUAUCCGAGUUAUCAAACAAACUGGCUCUAUCAAGAGGUUCAUCCCAUCUGAAUUUGGAUCAGAUCCUACCAAGGUUAAAGUAUCUGAACUUGAUGAUGGCUACAAUUUUUAUGCACCCAAAGUUGAAAUUAGGAGACUAAUGGAAGCUGAAGGCAUUCCAUAUACUUGCAUUUCCUGCAAUUUCUUUAUGAGGGUUUUGCUUCCUUCUCUUGCUCAACCAGGCUUAAAAGCUCCUCCUAGGGACAAGGUCACCAUAUUUGGUGAUGGGAAUACAAAAGCUGUCUUUAUGAAUGAAAGUGAUGUUGCAGCCUUUACUAUCAAUGCAGUUGAUGACCCCCGGACGUUAAAUAAAGUGUUGUACUUGAGACCCCCAGGAAACGUUUAUUCUUUGAAUGAGCUGGUUGAGAUGUGGGAGACUAAGAUUAAGAAGAAUCUUGAGAAAUUGAAUGUCUCGGAAGAAGAGUUGCUCAAGAAAAUCAAAGGAACUGCUUUCCCUGCCAACUUCCAGAUGCUUUUUAUAUAUUCUGCUUUUAUAAAAGGAGAUCACACUUACUUUGAUAUUGAGUCAUCCUCUGCUGUGAAUGGUGUGAAUGGCACAAAAUUCAGCACUAAACUCACGGUGUACGUGGGGCAGGAUAAGGAAUUCACAGCCAUUGAAUCUCAUUGAACAGGCUAGAGCUCUGAAGCUUCUACACCAAAUGAGGGCUCAAUUUCAUAGUUGAUGUGAUCUCACUUCAUAUACUCAACGUGACAAAUUGACAAGUCCCAUAUUAAUGGGAAAUGAGGACUCUGCAAGAACAAGAAAUAACUUGCAAGUGCAGCUUGGGUACAUAUUUAGAAGUCCCAUGCCUAGAAUUUCAAGUUCCCCAAUAACUUAAUUUAUGGAAGUGAAAGAAACAUUCAUAUUACAUUACUAAAAUCUAACCAGUCAAAAUUCUUAUCUUGAAUAUCUACAAUAUUUAUUGCUCCCUAAACUUGAAUUUUCUUCAAAACUUGCUUCUCUGUAAU